UAUUUUUUUCUCCAUUUUCAAACCCAUCUAUACAUCUAUAAAAGCAAACCCUCUCUCUAUCUUUCCCGUACAUCCAUCCAACUCCCUCUGUCUUUUCCUUCUCUUCCCCACGCUCUCUCUAUCUCUCUCUAACUCUCUCAUUUUCUCUCUCUAAUAAUCUCCAAGAGCAACCAAAACAAGCAAAGAAAGCAAGCAAAUCCUUUUUGCUUCAAUCGACAAGUGUGUCCAUUUAGAGGAACUAUAUAUAUAUAUAUAUAUAUAUAUAGAGAGAGAGAGAUAUGGACGGUGUUCUAGGAGGAGGAAGAGGCUGCAACAACUCCUCAUCAGCCUCGGCCACCAUUGAAAAUGAUAUUCAUGAGGAAGCUGAGGACCAGAUGGACCUGAGAAGAGGGCCUUGGACUGUUGAAGAAGACCUUGCUCUCAUGAAUUACAUUGCUAACCACGGCGAAGGUCGUUGGAACUCCCUCGCUCGCUGUGCAGGUCUGAAAAGAACUGGAAAGAGCUGCAGAUUACGGUGGCUCAACUAUCUCCGGCCCGACGUCCGACGGGGCAACAUCACCCUUGAAGAGCAGCUUCUGAUUCUUGAGCUUCAUUCUCGCUGGGGUAAUAGAUGGUCAAAAAUUGCACAACACUUGCCAGGAAGGACUGACAAUGAGAUCAAAAACUAUUGGAGGACCCGUGUCCAAAAGCACGCCAAGCAACUCAAAUGUGACGUCAACAGCAAGCAGUUCAAGGACACCAUGAGGUAUCUCUGGAUGCCUAGGCUGGUCGAAAGAAUUCAAGCCGCGGCAGCCGCCUCCACCGCAGCCACUAAUUCCUCCAUCACCAGCGCCACCGCCGCAGGGGCCACCUCUCACCACUUCAACAACAACAACAACAACAACAACACCUUCCAAUCUUCUUCAGGACAAAUGUUGUUACAACCAAGUCACCACUUUGGGGCAUCGUCACAUUCACAUGUCACACCAAGUUACACCCCGGACAACUCUAGUACGGCGGCCUCAUCAGACUCUUUCGGGGCUCAGGUGUCCCCGGUUUCCGACCUGACGGAUUAUUACACUCCUACUACUACUGCUACUACUACUAUCUCGGUUAACAAUAACCCUACCCCGGAUAAUUAUUUGGUCCAAGCAAAUCACCAAGUUGGUUGCUAUGACCAGUGUUUCAAUCCAGGGUUGGGAUCGGAACAUUUCCAAGGCAUGGAGCAACAAGAGAAUUAUCAGUGGGGCGUGGACGGUGGGGACAUAUCGGACAAUUUGUGGAAUGUUGAAGACAUGUGGUUCUUACAAGAGCAGCUCAGCAACAUUUGAUGAUCGGACGUGUCGAGUUAAUUACAAAAGGGGUUGAAAGUGAUAUACAUUCAUUGUAGAGAUCAAAACCAACAAAGGGAAGUAAAGAAAUCCUAUUUGGGGAAUUUAGAAACAAAACCCAUGAUCAAAAUUAGAAUUAAUAUAAUAUUCUAGAUUAUUUCAUGCUUAUAGGAUUUGUGAGCAAGGACUUAGAUCUAAUUGUGGAUUAAUUUAUUUUCGGUUUGUGUUUU